AUGGCAUUCUCUCCAACAAGCAACCCACUUAUAGUAUCGGUUUCCUCUUCAAUAUCCUCUCGAAAUAACCCAAAACCCAUUUCUCUCAAACUACCCAAAACCAAGCUCAUGCCCGUCUCCUCGUCAGAAUUCAGCACUCUUCUCCAAUCCUGCAUCGACUCUCGCUCUCUCACACAAGGAAAAGAGCUUCACUCCCAAAUUAAACAAGCUGGGUUUGAAAAAAACAGAGACUUGCUUCCAAAACUCAUCAAACUCUACUCUGUUUGUGGCCGAAUCGAUAAUGCUCGAGAACUGUUUGAUAGAAUUCCAAAGAGGAACUUGGAUACGUUCAUCUGGACUUCAUUGAUCAGUGGGUACACUAGAAAUGGAAACCCAAGUGGAAGUUUUGACAUUUUCUCUAAAAUGCUUGAACAUGGAGCUGAACCAGAUGGUUACACUUUUUCGGUCUUGUUGAGAGCUUCAGCUGAAUUGGGUUUUCUCAAAUUAACAGGUCAGUUGCAUUCGUUAUUGGUUAAGUGUGGGAUUAGAAAUCAUUUAUCCGUUGAUAACUCGCUUAUUAAUGCUUAUGGGUCUGCUGGGGUUAUUGAUAAUACAAAGAAAGUGUUCGAUAGAAUGCCUACCAGAAACGUCGUUUCUUGGUCUUCUAUGAUUCGGGUGUUUUCCUCGUUAGAGAAGUUCUCUGAGUCGUUUGCAUUGUUCUACGGAAUGCAAGUUGAGGACGGUAUUAAACCCAAUGAGGUUACCAUUGUUUCGUUAUUGCCUGCUUGUGGCUUCUUUUCUAGUUUUAGGAAAGGCCAAGCUAUUCAUGGUUGGGUCAUCCGAAACGGGUUCAAUUUGAAUUUGAUAGUUGGUUCCUCACUAGUGACGAUGUACUCUAGAUGCGGAGAUUAUGAAGGCGCUUUUAAGAUUUUUAAUAGCUUGGGGAGAGGAAACGUCGUUCUUUGGACUUCUAUGAUUGAAGGAUUCUCAAUGAAUGGAAAAUUCGAUUUGGCAUUAGAAUUGUUUCGAAUAAUGCAAGAUCAAGGGUUGAAGCCAAAUUAUAUCACUUUGGUUGUGAUCCUUUCGGCUUGUAGUCAUGGUGGACUUGUUAAUGAAGGGAUUGAGAUUUUCGAAAGUAUGUCAGAGAAAUUCUGUAUUGAGCCUCGUAUUGAACACUAUUCUUGUGUAGUUGAUAUGCUUGGGAGAGGGGGAAGACUUGAUGAAGCUGAGAAGUUUAUAGAGAAAAUGAGGGUAAAACCAACUGGUAGUGUAUAUGGAACAUUGCUUGGAGCUUGUCAAGUUCAUGGUAAUGUAGCGCUUGGUGAGAGAUCAGCCUACAAGCUUUUCGAGCUAGAACCCGAAAACGCAGCAAAUUAUGUGAUUUUAUCAAACAUUUAUGCCUCAGUAGGGAGGUGGGAUGAUGCAGGAAGAAUAAGGAAGUUGAUGGUCACCAAAGGAUUGUCAAAAGAUGCUGGGUAUAGUUGGAUUGAGAUUAAAGACAAAGUUUAUAUAUUUGGUGCUCAUGAUAAGUCACAUUUGGAGAUUAAUGAGAUAUAUGAGAUGUUGGCAAGAUUAGAUGAACUUAUAGUUAAGGCAGGUCAUGUUCCUUCUCUGAAAUUUGUGUUGCUUGAUAUAGAGGAUGAUGAUAAGAAAAAAUUGCUGUGCAGUCAUAGUGAGAGGCUAGCCAUUGCUUUUGGUUUGUUGAAAGCUCCUCCAAAUGUGCCUAUAAGGAUUGCAAAGAACCUGAGAGUUUGUGGGGAUUGCCAUAAUGCAAUCAAGGUAAUAUCUAAAGUUGUUUCAAGGAAAUUUAUUAUUAGGGAUACUAAUAGAUUUCAUCAUUUUUCACAAGGAUCUUGUUCUUGUGGGGAUUAUUGGUGA